AUGUCACGUGGUCCCGAAACUGAGACAUUUACAACGCUGAACAUUCCUGUAGUGGUUGCAUCUACCAUGAUAUCAUUACCGUCACUGCGUAAAUAUGAACAAAUGGCGAUAAUGCUCACGAAGCGAAUGAAAUUAUUCACUGAAUUAACCAUCAAAGAAAUCGUAUGGGGAUAUGAAAAUUCGCUUUUUAAAACUAUUUAUCGAUAUUCUGGUACGAAGUUUAUACCGGGACCGAAGUUUGGCAUCAUGCACGGGAAGAACAACACAAAGUGGCAGCAAUUUACCGUUUAUACUGGUGAGAAUGACGUCACCAAACUGAAUGUCAUUGAUAAAUGGAACGGGUUAUCUCACUUACCAUACUGGAAUACUAAAUUUUCGAAUCAAGUAAACGGAACUGAUGCAACACUGAAUCCACCCCUCACGGAAAGGACCCACGUUAUGUAUAUUGCCCAGAGCUCUGUAGGAUUCCCACUUGUUAUGUCAUCACCACACUUUCUUAACGCUGACUCCAGUGUAAUGCUGCCUGGAAUGAAACCAAAGAAAAAAGACCAUGCAACAUACCUUGAUAUUCAUAUGGAGACUGGUAUAACAAUGCAGACAGCAAAACGGAUGCAAAUCAAUAUUCACCUGAAAAAGAACAAGAAGUUUCCACAAUUUUCAGAGAUUGAAGAUGUAUUCUAUCCCGUGUUAUGGUUUAGUGAGAACUACGUCAUAUCCGAUACGCACGCUGCUAAGUUUAACUCUGUCAUUGGAAGACCUUUAUAUAUGUAUCACUUGACUCAACUAUUGGUAAUCGGUUUGGGCGUGCCUGUUCUAUGUGUUAAAGCGAUAGUACUUGGAGUAGAAAGAAUUAAUUUGAGACAAUUACAAGUAAGUUAA